AUGAGCGAGCAAGGGAAGGGCUCGGCAUCUGCUUCUGCCUCGGCCCCGGCUCCAGGGUCGGAUACUUACAAAGGUUGGCUUUUUAAAUGGACCAACUACUUGAAGGGCUACCAGCGGCGAUGGUUCGUCCUCAGCAAUGGCCUGCUUUCAUAUUACAGGACGCAGGCAGAGAUGGCGCAUACGUGUCGUGGAACAAUCAACCUAGCCACGGCACACAUCGACACAGAGGAUGCAUGCAAUAUUGUCCUGAGCAGUGGUGGCCGCACAUACCACCUGAAAGCGAGCACAGAAGUGGAGCGACAGAGAUGGGUCACAGCACUGGAGUUGGCCAAGGCUAAAGCCAUCCGCAUGAUGAAUGACCAAUCUGAUGACUCUGGAGACGAGGAGCCCACAUCCCAAUCGGACCGCAGUGAGAUUCAGGGCACCCUGAAGAUACUUGUCAGCAAGCUUGAUGACCUCAGUACAUGUAAUGACCUGAUUGCCAAGCAUGGGGCGGCCCUGCAGCGUUCCCUGAGCGAACUUGAGGGUCUGAAAGUUCCCGUAGAGGGAGGGGAGAAGAUCAAAGCAGUCAAUGAGAGAGCCACCCUCUUCCGCAUCACUUCCAAUGCUAUGAUCAAUGCGUGUCGAGACUUCCUGGACCUAGCAGAGACUCACAGUAGGAGAUGGCAGCGGGCGCUGCAGUAUGAGCGAGAGCAGCGUACCCACCUAGAGGAGACCAUUGAGCAGCUAGCCAAGCAGCAUAACAGCCUGGAGCGAGCGUGGAGAGAAGCACCCACGCUUGCAUCUAGCACACCCAGCGCCCCUACCACCAACAAGGGUGAGACUAGGCUGCGCAAAGAAGAGGCGAGUGAUGAAGAUGAGGAUACUGAAUACUUUGAUGCAAUGGAGGAUUCCCCUGCGUUUAUCACAGUGACUGCCACUGAGAAUACACAACACAGGCGAUCUCAGAGUAAUUUAAGCGGAGCGAGCGGAGGUCACUCCAACGACUGGAACCAGGACGACCAUAUGUCUCCAAGCUAUAAUGAUGUGUCAGGGAAGGAGCUGCAGCCACGCAGACAGCGGCGAACUCAUGUCCCAGACAAACCUAAUUACUCCCUCAAUUUAUGGAGCAUAAUGAAGAACUGCAUUGGCAAGGAGCUCUCCAAAAUUCCCAUGCCUGUAAACUUCAAUGAGCCUUUGUCGAUGCUCCAGCGUCUCACUGAGGACCUGGAGUAUCAUGAGCUUCUGGACAAGGCAGCACGCUGCGACUCCUCCCUGGAGCAGAUGUGCCUGGUCGCUGCCUUCUCCAUCUCCUCCUACUCCACCACGGUCAACCGGACAGCCAAGCCCUUCAACCCCCUCCUGGGCGAGACCUACGAACUCGAUCGUCUGGAGGAGUUUGGCUACCGCUCGCUGUGUGAGCAGGUGAGCCAUCACCCCCCUGCAGCUGCACAUCAUGUGAUUUCUCAACGAGGCUGGACCCUGUGGCAGGAAAUCACCAUUGCCAGCAAGUUCCGUGGCAAAUACCUCUCCAUAAUGCCUCUGGGUGCCAUUCACCUGCAGUUCCACUCCAGCGGGAACCACUAUGUAUGGAGAAAGGUCACCUCCACAGUGCAUAACAUCAUCGUGGGCAAGCUGUGGAUUGACCAGUCGGGGGACAUUGAGAUUGUGAAUCACAGGACCAAGGAGACCUGCCAACUCAAGUUCUCUCCCUACAGUUAUUUCUCCAGGGACGUUCCUCGGAAGGUGACAGGUGUGGUGGCUGACAGUGGGGGCCAGGCUCACUACAUCCUCUCUGGUACGUGGGAUGAUAAGAUUGAGAGCUCCAAGAUCAUUCAGAGCAGCCGAGGGGGAAGUGGAUCAGAGGGCAAGCAGAAGACUGUCUAUCAGACCUUGUCCCCUAAACUGCUGUGGAAGAAAUACCCUCUACCGGAUAAUGCUGAGAAUAUGUACUACUUCUCUACGCUGGCACUGACCCUGAAUGAGUCAGAGGAUGGUGUGGGAAUGACCGACAGCCGUCUGAGACCAGACCAGAGGCUGAUGGAGGAUGGCCGAUGGGAUGAAGCAAACUCAGAGAAGCAGAGGUUAGAAGAAAAACAAAGAGCUGUGAGGAGGAGGAGAGAAGCAGAGGCCACAGAUGCUCUGGAUGAAGAGUGUGAUUAUGACUCUGGUAAAGAAUACGAAAGCUACCAGCCAUUGUGGUUUCACCAGAGGAGAGACUCAGUCACUGGAGAGACAAACUUUGUGUACAAGGGAGGUUACUGGGAGGCAAAGGAGAGACAGGACUGGAGCAUGUGUCCUGAUAUCUUCUAACCAAGGAACUUUCCCCCCCGGAUCACACCUAACCUCAGCAGACAGGGAACUGCUCUGCCUCUGGUCCUUGGGGCGUAGCUGCUUAUGAGCACCAUGUGGAGCUUUGUGAGCAUGAGAAUGUGUAUGUUUCACACACUCUCGUAAUACACUGUACCUCUAAAUGUACACUCUCACUCUGUUUUUUACAAUGGGGAAGAAGAAGGGGCAUUCCCUAAACAGUCUUCUUUGACACUAUACAGAAACAGCAGUGAGAUCGUGUGUGGAUGGUGUUGGAGGUUGUAACACCACACACUAACGGCACCUGCACACUCCCUAAAUCAGGUGCUCCGUAAAUGCUACUCACAAUGCACUUUUCUGUGUUCACCCCAUGAAAGAGUUUUACAGAAUUGGAUAGAAACCCAUGUCAAAGCAACUCACAACUAUAGACUGAUAACUAACAGGGACAAAAUCAUAAAGAGGCACAUAGAAGCAGAACAGCAUUCAAUACACAUGUAAGUAUUUCAGUGGUUAGCAGGGAAGUGUCCUCAUCCUCCAUUAUAAUCAGCAGAGUUGAGAUCAUGCCUGCUUUAUAAAAUUGAAAUUAGCUCCCUCAUUUUCUUCAUGGAAAUGAUUUCAAGUGCUCAUUUAUGCCCCCUUUGAUUGCUU